CAGACGCGUGGAGGAAAUCCAUAUUACCAGCUAUAUUAAAUCCGUAUUACCAACUGUAAAUUUAAACACACUCCAUGAGUCACCAUGCUUCUAUUAAUGAAAACCCAUGGUAUCAAAAAAAAAAAAAAAAAUUCAAAGCUGAAAAUAAUUGGACCUUGAAAGGGUAUUAAGGGCCUAUUUGCCUAUCUCCCGGAGGCUAUUGGAUGGAUUCCUAGGGAGGGAACAGUGGUAGGCAGAAAAGAAUUUCUUCCUCAGCAGUCCCAGAGGGCUAGAGUCAGGUCAAGACUUGCUUUCCUGGUUGUUUGUUUAUUCAUUUGUACGUGUCAUUCAUUCAUUCACUUAAGUAUUCAUACAUCCAGCAAAUAUUUAUUGCGCCCCUAGGCACUGCUGCAGACACUGGAGAUACAGCAGUUAAUAAGACAGACAAAUCCUGACUUCAAAGAGCUUACUUACAUUCUAGUGGGAAAGAGAGACAAAUAAGUAAAUAAUUUUAGAUAGCAAAAACUGCUAAGAAAGUAGAAUUAGGAGGCUGGAGAGUAAAGGUGACUAAAGAUGGUCUACUUAGAAUUGUUAAGUAAAGGCUGUCUGGGGAGAUGACAUUUGAAAAGAACUGAAUGAUAUGAGCCAUGUGAAGAUCAGGAGAAGAGUAUUCUGGGCAGAGGGAACAGUAUUCAAGAAGAGUUGUAUGACUCAAGUAUGAAUGAUGAGGAAGAUGGUAGGAGAAUGUAGUCAAAGAUUAGAUUGUGUAGGGUCCUAUAGGCCAAGGUAAGAAACAUGGAUUAUUGCUAGUGUAAUAGGAAAUCAUUGAAGGGUAUUCAGCAGAAGAGAUGCAAUUUUGGUUUUAAAAAUGUCACUGGUUGCUAUGUAGAGAAUAGACUUUCGGGGACAAAAAUAGAAACAUGAAGACCAGAUUGGGAGCAAAUGCAAUAGUGAGAUAUGUUUUGAGGGUGGAGAUGAUAGGGUUUGCUGAUGACCUGGGUAUUGGGGGUGAGGAAAAGAAAUGAGAAUGAUUGCCCAGGUUUUUGGCCUGAGCAGGUAGGUGAUUGUUAGUAUCAUUGAGAUGGAGAUAGCUGGGGAGGUUUGGUGGUAGAAAUCAUGAGUUCUGUUUUAGACAUGUUAAGUCUGAGGUGCUGACUAGCUAUACAGGUGGGCUGUGUGUGUGUGUGUGUGUGUGUGUGUCUGUGUGCGCGCAUGCACACGCGCACGUACAUUUUCAGUGUAGUAGUGGUUCUGAGUCUCUUCCUGCUGGGGAGUGGAGAAAGGCUAACUUCUGUUUAUCCUUUCCAUUCUUUUUCUUUGAAUUAGAUUUGUAUUCUGGACUGGGAAGUGACGUCUAGUGUCUCCAUGGCCAGCUACUGGCUCUUACAGACCAGAUGAAGUGGAUUGGAGACACAAGUGGAGAAAGCCUCCAGCUGGCACAUCCCCAGAGUGUGGCCCUCUGGCUGCUGGCUCUGCCCAGCCUGCCUCAUGGAGAGGAUGAAUUGGCUGAGCAGACUGGCCUCCCGGGGCCCUGGGCACCGUGUACCUCAAGGGGCCAGUCUGCAGACCCCUGUCAUGGCUGACCCUGAGACCUGCCUCAUGGUCUUCAAGAAUCAUUGGUCCCAGGUGGUGCGAAUUCUGGAGCGGCGAGGCCCUCAGGCGGCUCCUGGGGGUGCAGAUGAUCUCAGCGCUGUGUGCAACCACACUUAUCAGAUGUUGACACUGUUGGCAGAGGAUCGUGCAGUCCCUUCGGCCCCCACAACCCCUGGGCCCUUGCUGGAGUUUGCCCUGCGUGAGGAUUUGCUGAGCCGUGUAUUGGCAUGGCAGCUGCAAUGGGAUGAGUUUGGAGAUGGGGUUGAGGAACGGCGGGCUGAGCAACUAAAACUAUUUGAGAUGCUAGUGAGCGAAGCUCGCCAGCCACUGUUGCGGCACGGUCCAGUUCGAGAAGCUCUGCUUAUCCUGCUGGAUGCCUGCGGCCGCCCCGUGCCCAGUAGCCCAGCACUGGAUGAAGGCCUGGUGCUACUUCUCAGCCAGCUAUGUGUGUGUGUGGCACGGGAGCCUUCAUUGCUUGAGUUCUUCCUGCAGCCACCUCCUGAGCCUGGAGCUGCCCCUCGCCUUCUUCUCUUUUCUCGCCUUGUCCCCUUUGUCCAUCGAGAGGGCACUGUGGGUCAGCAGGCCCGUGAUGCCCUACUUCUGCUCAUGGCACUGUCAGCUGGGAGCCCCACUGUGGGCCGCUACAUCGCAGACCACUCUUACUUCUGCCCGGUGCUGGCCACAGGACUGAGUGCUCUGUACUCCUCACUGCCCCGAAAGAUUGAGGUUCCAGGGGAUGAUUGGCAUUGCCUGCGACGAGAGGACUGGCUGGGAGUGCCAGCUCUUGCACUCUUCAUGAGCUCCCUAGAGUUCUGCAAUGCAGUCAUUCAGGUAGCUCACCCCCUGGUGCAGAAGCAGCUGGUUGAUUAUAUCCAUAAUGGGUUCCUGGUGCCUGUCAUGGGCCCCGCCCUGCACAAGACCUCUGUGGAGGAGAUGAUCGCCAGUACUGCCUAUCUGGAACUUUUCCUACGGAGUAUCUCAGAGCCUGCCUUGCUCCGUACCUUCCUGCGAUUCCUGCUGUUACACCGGCAUGACACCCACACCAUCCUUGACACCCUCGUUGCCCGUAUUGGCAGCAACUCCCGGCUCUGCAUGGUCUCUCUGAGUCUCUUCAGGACUCUACUGAACCUCAGCUGUGAGGAUGUCUUGCUGCAGCUGGUUCUCAGGUAUCUUGUCCCGUGUAACCACGUGAUGUUGAGCCAGAAGCCAGCUGUGCGUGAUGUGGACCUAUAUGGGCGAGCAGCUGACAAGUUUCUCUCCCUAAUCCCACGCUGUUGCCGGCACUGUGCCCCUAGCCCACCCCGUCAAGAGCAUGCCUCGUGGGCACGAGGUGGGCCUUGCAGAGAGGCAGGGAGAAGGGAGGACACUGCGGGCCCUGGAAGCCCAAGUGCUGAUUCCUCUUCUGUGGUAACAGCGCCCCGGCCCUCUACACCGUCUCGUCUGGCCCUCUUCUUGCGGCAGCAGAGCCUGGGUGGCUCUGAGCCCCCAGGCCCAGCCCCUCGCUCCCCAGGGCUUGCUGCAUCCCCAACCUCCAGCCCUGGUCGACGGCCCAGCCCAGCAGAGGAGCCUGGUGAGCUGGAAGACAAUUACCUGGAGUAUCUGCGUGAGGCACGUCGUGGUGUAGACCGCUGUGUCCAAGCCUGCCGUACCUGGUCUGCCCCCUAUGAUGGCGAGAGGCCCCCUCCUGAGCCCAGUCCUGUUGGCUCCCGGACUAAGAAACGCAGCCUACUGCCUGAGGAGGGCAGGGACAAUGUGGGGGAAGGGGAGGAGGAAGAGCUGGGGAGUGGGAGACUGGCUGGGGGUGUAGGUGGGGGCCCUGGCCACCUGCCCCCUUCCCAGCUCAAUGGGGUACCAGGACCAUGGCCAGAGGGGGCCAAGAAGGUUCGUCGGGUGCCAGAGGAGGGAGCUGGGGAACUGCUAGAGGGCACCUCCGAGGGCAUGGCAGGACUAGAGGGCUUUGGGCAGGAGCUCCAGGAGCUGGAGGUGGCAUUGAGCAAUGGAGGGGCUGGCUCAGAGCCCCCACUAGAGCCUCUACUACCUCUUGAGGAGGAGGAGGCCUACGAGAGCUUCAGCUGUCCCCCUGAGCCCCCUGGCCCCUUCCUCAGCAGCCCUUUGCGGACUCUCAACCAGCUGCCAAGCCAGCCCUUUACUGGCCCCUUCAUGGCUGUGCUCUUUGCCAAACUUGAGAACAUGCUGCAGAACUCCGUCUAUGUCAACUUCCUACUGACGGGGCUGGUGGCCCAGCUGGCCUGUCACCCCCAGCCCUUGCUCCGCUCUUUCCUGCUCAACACCAACAUGGUCUUCCAGCCCAGUGUCAAGUCCCUGCUGCAGGUGCUGGGCUCUGUGAAGAAUAAGAUUGAGAACUUUGCGGCCUCCCAGGAGGACUUCCCAGCACUGCUUUCCAAAGCCAAGAAGUACCUCAUUGCCCGUGGCAAGCUGGACUGGCCUGAGGGCCCUGCAGCAGGACCUGUCCCCCGCCGCUCGGAUCCCCUAGUGAAGAGCCGGAGGCCAUCCUUGGGGGAGUUGCUCCUGCGGCACGCACACAGUCCAACCAGGGCCCGCCAGGCAGCACAGUUGGUCCUUCAGCCUGGGCGAGAUGGAGCAGGACUUGGCCUAGGUGGGGGCUCCCCUGGGGCUUCAACUCCAGUUCUGCUCCCCCGGGGCGGGGCACCUGAGCGCCAAGGUGAGGCUCUGCGUGUCAAGAAUGCUGUCUACUGUGCAGUCAUUUUCCCUGAGUUUCUCAAGGAGUUGGCUGCCAUCUCCCAGGCCCAUGCUGUCACCUCGCCUUUCUUGUUGGAUACUUCAGAGGAGGGUUCUGGCUCUCCUGUCUCAGGCUUUGGGCCCCUCAAUCCUUAACUCUCUGCCAUGGACAAUCAGGGCCAUGGGUGGCCUGGGUUGGGGCCAGGGCACAGGCUCCUUUUUAUGUUUGGAGGCAGUGGCAAGAGGACUUUUUAAUUUAUUUCAGAAGAAUUGUUUUAUGGAGAACUUAUUGCAAUAUGUAUAAAAGGGAAAUCUCUGUUCUGUGCUUAUCCUUCUUUCCCACCCUUUUCUAUGGGGCUGGGGCCCCAAGAAGGUUGUACAUGGAUGGGGAGAUGGUUAGGGGUAUUUUUUCUCUGGAGGACAUUGAUGCCAGGUUUCAAGGUUCCUCUUAUGUCCUAUGUUGCAUCCCCUUAGAGGGUGAGGGGGCAUGAAACCUACAGAAAAAAAUAGGUACUCUUCCCCUCCUCCAGACC